CCAAAUUCCAAACAACUCAGCUGAGAAUCAUUUCGCUGCAUCCGUCCGAGUCCUACAAGAGGUGAGUUCCAUCGUGGAUCGGACGCGAUUUGACCCAUCAUUUGUACGGUACCUUACCUUAGCUAAUCUUGCUCUAGAACUUCUAUCACUCUCACGACACAAUGGCCUACUACAGCGACAGUGACAACAGCCUCGAACGGGAGUUUGAUUACGAAGACAUCACAAUGGCGGCUGGACAAACCAGCAUGACUCGGCGUGACCCGGACUCGGAUAGAAGGAGGAGGGAAGAUUACGAAAACAUCACAAUCACAACUGGACAGAGCAGCAGGACUCGGCGUGACACGGACAGAAGGAGGAGGGAAGAAGAGAACAGAAGGAGGGAAGAACAAGAGAGAAGAAGGAGGGAGGAAGAGAGAAGACGGAGGGAAGAAGAGCGACGGAGGGAAGAAGAGCGACGAAGGUGGGAAGAAGAGAGACGGAGGGAAGAAGAGAGAAGAUGGAGGGAAGAAGAGAGAAGGAGGGCCGAGGAGGAAAGAAGGCAGGCCGACAUGAAGGAAGUGAUGUUUAGGACCGGGGAGAACAGCGCGACCAGGCGCCGGAGGGGGGGUCGAGGCUACUAAAGGGGGCUGGAAGCAGCACAGCAGCCCACGCAGCACUGCGGGCGCGGUUUGAAGGUUUGUUUCCAGGUUGCGGAAGGGCUCUG